UUUUUGAGGUAUUUGAUUUUGAAUGAUUAUUGUAUCUAAGUUUUAUAUUUUGUGGAUUUCAAGUUAAAAGGGUUCACCCCCGAGUAUAGGGAGUGACACACUCUCUCUCAAGUCUGCUUACUCUCCCAUCUUUUACUCGGUCACCAUUUCUCACGCCACACGUUAGUGUCGUGGUCUCCCUUCCCAGCUGUCUCGUCUCUCGGUGCAUGUCAGCACUCUUUUUCCCGCCUGCUUACCUCAACCAUAAGAGCCCCUGGAAAAUCACAAGACUUCAAGAUUUUUGAGGACUGAACUCCUACCAUUCCUUAUGCGGUAAAGAUAAAUAGCUCAAUACUGCAAGAUAUGCGACUCCAUAAAAUAUUCUUGUACAUGAGAAAAGUGGCCCAUUUAAGUAUGCUUAGUAGGACGGUUCAAGGGGAUAACAUCCAUUGAUGAUGAUGGACCUUGGGUACACCAAAUAUCAAACAUGUUAUCUGAAUCUCAAAAGGUCGACUUCUCUCCCCCUAAACCUCAUUUUCUAAGCCUCAUUUUCAAGACAUCCCACCCAUUCAUGAAACCAAUCACUUAUCUUUCCCGCUUUUUUUCAAUUGCUAGACAACCGCAAAGCCAAGUCUUCCUAACCCAAAAACCCCAAUUCACCCAGAAAAGGGUAGUUCUCACUGAAGAGUUGUGUGUUAAAGUAUUGGACCAAUACCCAGAUAUUCAAACCUUGAAGAAAAUCCAUUCCAAGAUCAUUGUUGAUCAACAUUUUAACUCAAACCCUUCCCUUGGCAUCAAACUCAUGAGGGGUUAUGCAGCUCAUGGGGAACCCGGUGUCACACGCCACAUAUUUGAUGACAUUCCUGAGAAGAAUGUUGUUUUCUUUAAUGUCAUGAUAAGAAGCUACGUAAAUAACCAUUUAUACCGUGAAGCUCUUCUUGUUUACAAAGCCAUGGCUAGCCAUGGAUUUGAGCCUGAUAAUUAUACAUACCCUUGUGUGUUGAAAGCAUGUUCUGGGUUGGAGGAUUUGAGGGUUGGGUCGCAAAUUCAUGGUGCUGUUAUAAAAGUCUGGCUUGAUUCGCACUUGUAUAUCGGGAAUGGUUUAGUUGCAAUGUAUGGGAAAUGUGGUUGUUUAAUGGAGGCUCGACAAGUUCUUGAUGAGAUGCCCAAUAGAGAUUUGGUUUCCUGGAAUUCGAUGGUUGCUGGUUAUGCACAAAAUGUACGGUUUGAAGAUGCAUUAGAGGUUUGUAAAGAAAUGGAGGUGUUAAAACUUAAACCAGAUGCUGGAACAAUGGCUAGUCUGUUGCCAGCUGUAACUAACACAACCUCUAACAAUGUUACAUACGUUAAGGAGAUGUUCAUGAAGUUGACAAAAAAGACUCUGGUUUCAUGGAAUGUGAUGAUAGGAGUGUAUGUUAAUAAUUCAAUGCCUGAGAAAGCAGUUAAUUUAUAUUUACAGAUGGUAGCAUAUGGGAUAGAACCAGAUGCAGUCACUAUUGCUAGUGUUCUUCCUGCUUGUGGGGAUCUUUCAGCUCUAUCUCUAGGGAGGCGGAUGCAUGACUAUGUUGAGAGGAAGAAACUUCGACCAAAUUUACUGUUGGAGAAUGCAUUGGUUGACAUGUACGCUAAGUGUGGAAGUUUAAGAGAUGCAAGGGAAGUAUUUGACAGAAUGAAGUUCCGGGAUGUUGUAUCAUGGACCUCAAUGAUCUCUGCUUAUGGUCUUAAUGGGCAAGGUCGUGAUGCUGUGGCACUUUUUGCCAAAAUGCGGGACUUGGGUCUUAGUCCAGAUUCUAUUGCCUUUGUUUCAGUUAUCUCGGCUUGCAGCCAUGCGGGACUAUUGGACGAGGGUCAAUAUUAUUUUAAAUUGAUGGCUGAGGAGUAUAGGAUAAUUCCAAGGAUUGAACACUUUGCUUGCAUGGUAGAUCUGUUAGGACGUUCUGGACAAGUAGAUGAGGCCUAUAGUUUCAUCAAGCAGAUGCCAGUGGAGCCUAAUGAGAGAGUUUGGGGGUCUCUGCUGAGUGCCUGUCGGGUGCACUCGAAUAUGAAUAUUGGGCUUCUAGCUGCUGAUCAACUUUUCCAAUUGGCUCCUGAGCAGUCAAGUUAUUAUGUCUUGUUAUCCAACAUCUAUGCAAAGGCUGGCAGAUGGCAAGAUGCAACAACUAUCCGAACAAUUAUGAAGAGUAGAGGAAUUAAGAAAGUGCCUGGCAACAGCAAUAUUGAGCUCAAUGAUAGGAUUCACACCUUUCUUGCUGGCGACCAAUCACAUCCACAAUCUAAGGAAAUAUAUGAAGAGUUAGACGUGCUAGUGGGAAAGAUGAAAGAAUUAGGUUAUGUUCCUGAGACUUAUUCUGCCCUACAUGAUGUUGAGGAGGAGGAUAAGGAAUGUCAUCUGGCCGUUCAUAGUGAGAAGUUGGCUAUUGUCUUUGCCAUUCUGAACACUGAGCCAGGGAUGCAAAUUAGAAUUACCAAGAAUCUCCGUGUUUGUGGGGAUUGCCAUAUUGCAGCCAAGCUCAUCUCCAAGAUAGUUGAACGUGAAAUAAUUAUCAGGGAUAAUAAUCGAUUCCACCAUUUCAAGACUGGUAUUUGCUCCUGUGGUGAUUAUUGGUGAACCUUCUUGGAGUACUUAUCACUUAAAUGUUGCUUUAGGCUUUCCUUGGACAUUCUUUUCAUACUUUUUCAGAUAUCAUCCAGCUUCAUCUUCAAUGUGAUGAGGACCAAGCGUUAAAUUUUGUUGAUAGAGUUGAAUCUUGAAGCAAAUCAAUUUUCUGGAACAGUCCCCUCAGAAAUGGGGAAACUAGUUAAUUUGGAAACUUUGAUGUUAUCCUGAAAUAAUUCGACUGGAAAUUUACCCAAGGAACUUUGGCAGGCUGAAAAACUUGACAGAUUUCCGCGUAAACGGUAACAACUUAAAUGGAACAAUACCGGAUUUUAUUCAUAACUGGAGAAAUCUUGAGAGCACUAGUGAGAACUUAAGAUCAAUUGCUUUACGCCCUCUCCCUUCCUUGGCAUUAUCUGUACUACAUGAAGCACCUGCAUGCAAUCUCUGGAAACUUCAAGCCACUGAGGCUUUAAAGCAAAACGUGGGUGGGUGCAUUUGACUUUAGAUUGCAGAUUCCAACAAGUGUUAAAUAGUACAGUGCAUUAUUGGGAAAGUCCCCUAGCUCGUGUAUUCUUUCCAGGCUGGAUAGAUAUAUAUGGAGAAAAUGACAGCGUAGAUCUACAUGAAGAGGAUUAGGCGGGGAAAACGGUAACAGAACUGUCUGCAUAGCUUGCAGUAUGACGACCCAAAUGUUGUCUGAAUUUGAUAGCUGGGAGGAGUUGAAUGCGCAACGUUUGUACAAGAAUUUCGAUGUCAUUGGGUUGUGAAUGUCUAGCUUGGCACUAAUUCCCCAAAUUGAUAAGACUUCAUGACAAAGCUUUUAUUAUGAUGUUACGAUCAAUGGUUCCCAACUUUAUGAAAACUCCUUUAGAGCUUAAUUCUGGCCAUUUAUGCUGAUUCCUGCAAAAUGAUUGAAGAGGAGCUUCAUCUGUCAGUUCUACACAGCUUUAAAACUAGAAAAACUCUAUUUGCAACCGGCUGGAUAACUUGCGUAAUCGGUGAAUACAAAAUUUAUUUUUUCUACCUUCA